GGCGUUGGUCAAAUUUACAAUGAACUUCGAUCUAAAGGCGUAGAAUUUCCCAUGACGGACUUGGACGCUAUGGCUCCUAUUUUUACACCGCAGAGGAGCGUUCCAGAUGGUGCUGAGCAAAUAGUAGGAUCUCCACAAAGAUCUGCUACAUUGCAGCAUUCACCCACUCGGCAGACACAGGAGCCUGUUACCACAACGGUGACCUUAUCGGAGAGUCAGACGACCAAGCUCCGAGCGGACUUGUCGGUGGUGGAAGGCAACAUGUCCGUGAUGAAUGACAUGCUUAACGAGCUCACCACUCAGCCGCACACACAGCACCACGAUAGUGACAUCGAGCUGCUAAAUGAACUGGCGGAUACUUUGCGCGCAAUGCAAAGUCGCGUGGCCGAGCUAGUAGCGCGACUUGCCGGCGAGUCACCGCUCACCGCCGAGUUGUUGCACGCAAACGACCGCCUCAACAAUCUACUGCUGCGGCACUCGCGCUUCCUUAACAACAGAAAUGCUGCGACCGGAGGGGCCACUCCAUCAGCUAUAUUGGGUGCAGCCAUGGGAGUGCCCGGCUCCACAGAGUUACCAAAGAAAACUGAUGACGACGCACUCAUUGACCUCAGCGACGAUGUACCUGACCUCGGUAAACUAAGUGUAAAGGAAGGGCCCACCGAGAAGUCACCGGCUAGUUCAAAGGAUGAGUUCGAUAUGUUCGCACAGUCACGCAAUGUCACUUACGAAAGCUCCAAAACUGGAGGCAGCAGCUACGCCGACAACCUGGAGGCGCAGCGCGACGGACUGGCCGCCGCCGCCAGCCAGCGCGCCACGCAGGCGCAGCCGCUGCCCACGGGAAUGGAUCAACGAGAGAUUGAUGAAAUAUCAGCUUGGUUAGCGCAAGAAAAGGCUGCUUCAGAGGCAAAUGGAGCUCAGGAGAGCGUCACUAGCAGUGACUUCGACAAGUUCUUAGCCGAGAGAGCAGCCGCAGCUGAAAACCUACCUAAUAUCAGUGAAGAUAGAGCCCAAAAUUCGCCGCAGCAGACACCACGGCAUAGGCAGAUUAAAAAGGAAGACCAAGACUCUAUGUUCGCGCUCUGA